AUGAAAGGUACAAAAGAUACAAAAGGUAUAAAAGGUACAAAAGGUACAAAAGAUAUAAAAGGUACAAAAGGUAUAAAAGGUACAAAAGGUAUAAAAGAUAUGAAAGGUACAAAAGGUAUGAAAAGUACAAAAGAUACAAAAGGUAUGAAAGAUACAAAAGGUAUAAAAGAUACAAAAGGUACAAAAGAUAUGAAAGAUACAAAAGGUACAAAAGGUAUGAAAAGUACAAAAGAUAUGAAAGGUACAAAAGGACAAAAG